CACACUCUCCGCAAUUGUUAUAUAUCGACGGCGUCGACUCGCUCAGCGUCACUGUGCUGUGUGCUGCUCCCGUGCGCUACUCGCGACCGUGUCAGUGAAAAUAAUUUGCUAGUCCAUACUUUUAUAUUUUUCUACUUUUAUAAAACAUAAUAAUUAUUACAUAUAAAGAAAAUCCUAAAUCAUAGUUUGUUUAUUUUUUUAAUUCUUAAACAACCAAGACGCGCGCGCGACAGGAGAAUCUUAUUAUCUACCAACAACAAAAACAACCAAACAACUAACUACUCAAAAAACAUAUUAAAAAACAACUACAACAACUACUUACAUCAAAUCUCGACGAGCUCGACCACCACACACAAAAAUCACACCGGAAUACUGGAAACCAGGGAGGAUUAUAAAAAAAAAACACAUCAGACACACAUACGACUUGUAUUGUAAAAAUUAAUUGUUCAGUUCGAAUUCGAUGCCCUACAUCAACUGAGUUUCAAACGUCUUACCAACUGAGCACGUAUAUUGUUUAGAUUCAUCGCAAACAUUUCGCUAAAAACGAAAAACGUUUGUUCGUCUUCAAAUCGCCGCCAUCAACACGGGGGCAUCCGGAGCGCAUGCAACAGGAGUAAAGAAUUCGUCGACAAGGAUCGUCAAAUAAGCAGCGGCAACGUGGAGGGAGCACGAAGACAAGCCGGCAAAAUUGAUCCGUUCAAUCAAUUGCGUUACCGCCAUCAAUCAGCCACGAACGAUAAUCACCUGAUAAGAGUUACAAAACACGAAGCCAAAAUGCAUAUUGAAGUGCAAGUUGCAUUGAACUUCGUCAUCUCGUACCUGUACAAUAAGCUGCCCCGACGUCGAGUGAACAUCUUCGGGGAGGAGCUUGAGAAAGCCCUGAAGGACAAGUUUCAAGGGCAUUGGUAUCCUGACAAGCCGUUCAAGGGAUCCGCGUUCCGUUGUCUGAAAACCGGAGAUCCGAUCGAUAAGGUGCUGGAGCGUGCGGCGCGCGAGAGCGGCGUACCUAUUCAGGAUAUUCUCGAGAAUCUCCCACAGGAGUUGGCCGUAUGGGUGGAUCCCGGAGAGGUGAGCUACCGUAUUGGCGAGAAAGGUGCCGUGAAGAUCCUCUUCAGUGAAAAGGCUGACCCGCAGGAUGAACACUCGGCGGACAGGGAAGUCACCAAGACUUUCAAUCCGGAGGCACAGUGUUUCCGGCCGAUCGAAUCGGUUGGUUGUAGCCUCAGUAAUCUGACCCUGUCGCCCAAAUCGGUGACACCGUUCGCCAGCAAUCAGCCGCAACAACCCCCGGUGGGCACGCAGAUGCCGCCCCCAAUGCAGACCAACAAUCUCAACCCGCAGAAUGCUUCGAACCAAGCCAUGAACCCCAUCUCACCAUCAACGGCACCCUCGCCUACCUCGAUGGGCAACUCGUUCAAAGGCUCGCCUUCGCCUGUGCCAGCGUUCAUUCCUCGAACCACCACGCCGUUGACGUUUACGACGGCUACAUUUGCGCAGACGAAAUUUGGCAGUACCAAACUUAAGACAAACAGUAAACGAGCCAACAGAAUGUCUCCGACCGAGUUCAGCAAUUACAUCAAACAACGCGCGAUGCAACAGCAGAUUCAUCAGCAGCCACCGCACCACUCGCCCAACGGACGCGCCAUCUCACCAGACCCAUCUUACUACUACGGUCACGGCCCAUACGGCCCCCAGUUCCCACCGCGCUCCAUGUUUGAGUCUUCCAACCAGUUCCUCAGCCCCGAUCUCUACCCGGGCAAGUUGCAGUUCGAAGCCCCAGCCGUCGGCCCGUUCUACCAAAACAAUGCGCCGGUGGGCGCCGCCAAUCAGCCGAGCGGCCAAAACGCGCCGCAGGACAACGGCAAACUGAUGGACAACAACUGGCCGUACCCUGCCAGUGGCCAAUAUCAACAUCUUCUCGUUGCUAACUGAUGCAACUAAAGGUGCUUAAUGAAUAAACGACAAACCAAAACACACGCUAGCAUGAAAUAUAUACGCUGAAACAAAAUCUCUUAAGUUACUUAUUUACGCCAUUGACGAGGGAACCAAGAUUAAGCAAAGCAUAUUCGCCCACUUUAAUAUUUUUUAUUAUGAGUAACAUAAUAAGUGAUCUUAAAAUUUACUUCCUAGUGAGCAUAAUUUAUUAGGUCGAAAUCCUUUCAACGCUGGCGUUAAUUUCGACUUUAUUUAUUAAAAUAUAAAUUAUUUUUGUAUGUUCAAUCGAUUUAUUAUAACUGUGUAUAGGCGUUAAGGGCCGCAAUCUGGCUCAAUCUAAUUGAUAGCACGUUAUCGGAAAUAUUAAAGUGGGGCGCACGCAGAAUACAUCUGAACUGUUAAGAUUGUAACGAAAUAAGCACGGUGAUGAUACAAUUGAAGGAAGCAAAUCUGACUAUGCAAAAAAUACCCUUAAUAAACAUUAAAAGAAGAUAAAAAGAUAUAAUGAAUAUAAUUUUUUACAAAAAAAAAUGAAGAUAAAAAGUAAAACGCUAACAACUGUAGAUAAAAUUAGAUAAUUAUUAUUCGUCGUCUGAUGAACUAUAAAAGGAAUAAUUGAUUAUAAUAAUAAAAAAGUAAAUGUUAGUUUUUCAAUUUCAUAUUACCAUACAUAGAAUAUACGAUUAUAUUAAUAUAUAAAGCAAAGGAAACAAAAAAUAGGAAAUAUUUAAUUUUGUUUCUGAGAAAUCUUAUUUAACUUACGAAUAAUUUGUACUAUAUAUAUAAAUAUAUAUAGAAAUGAAGUGAAGUGUAAUGAAAUUUAAAGAAAACAAAAAAUGGUGUUUAAAUGUUUACAGUAUUCUUGUAGAUUUUAGAGUGUUUUCUAAAUUUUUAUAUAUAUUAUAUAUACAUAAAUGUGUAUAAAUAAUACUGUACAUGUAUUUUUUAUUUUUUAUAUCGAAGAUGAAAAUAAUAAGAAGAAACAAGCUCAAGCUGUCAUCUAGUCCCCCGAUAUUUCUAUAAUAAUGUAAUUUUUCAUAUGAGAGCGUGAAACACGAAGAAGUAAAAGUCAAACAUUGCUGAGAUGAAAAAGAUGCCCGUACAAGAAUCUAAAAAUAUUUACAUGUUAUUAUAAUUAUUAUUGAGUUUAUUCCAACUCAACUCUCUCGAUGGAAGUUGACUAAUACUACGUAAAAGCUAGAUGAGCAAAUCGAAAAACUCCUUCAAAAGUGAACACAGCUGGAACACUAUUAGUUGAUUGAUUGAUUGAUUUUGAUACUGAUUCUACUUGAUAGUUGUAGGCAUGUGUCCGUAGGGAAACAAAUUUCAAUAACAAUAUAUGAGGAAAAUGAAUUGAAUGAUAAUUAUAAUGAUACAAUAAUCACGUUUUUCUAAGUGUUUGCAUAUCAUAAAAGUAACGGAAUGUAAUAAGCUGUUGAAUAUAGGAUAACCAAACCAAGCCAUCUCUGAAAGUAUAAACUACGUUUAGACCAAGUGAAUUUGAUUCUAUUCGUAGGGUUUAGCCGUUUUAGUCAAACUAUGCGAAUUUAAGGCGUUUAAGCAACUAAGGAAGUCGUUUGUUUCAAUUUAUGUUCUAAGACCAAUUCUGUUCCUAGAUGUUUUUGAUUGGUGUAGACUACAUACUACAAUGAUAAUGCCCAUCACGUCUUAAACCCGUACACAAGUACAAGUACAACUACACACACGACUUGAAUCUUCUUUCUAUGUGGAGAUAUACUAUUGCUAUAUGAUUGUUAUUACUUUAAACAAAAUGAACUAUUAAAUCGUUGUUACAGUAUGAUUUAUGUUAUUACUGCGAAAAUGUUAUUGUGAUUUUAGCGAACCACCAGUACCAAAAUUUUCGAUUUAGUUACAUUUUUUUAUGUUUUUAUUGUUUGUAUUUCUUAAUAUUGAUAAUUAUAUAUUUGAAUACAAUACUUUUAAGCGUUCUUUGAUUUAUUGUUCUUAUCUCUGCGCGCGCGAGCAUCAAUUGAUGCUUUAAGUCGAGUUUAUGAAUGGAGAAUGGAGGUCAAUGAAGCUCAAUAAGUCAGUAUAUAAUCUGUGACACUUGCGAAUUACAAUAAUGCAGUCGGCAGUACCUGAAUACAGAGCAGCUGAUAGCGGACGAAGAUAAAUGGCUAACAAACGCAACACAAUACAAUGGUUUUAAGUCAUUAUUGACGACAUUUUUGGGUACCUGAACGCACCAACUAAAAUCGUUCACUGAAAUGACUUCCGGACAAGUUUUCUCGUAUUAUUCUUACACAACUAAGAUCUAACUAUCAUUAUUGUUAACAUAACGCUUAACUUAACAAACUAUACCAUGUUACCAUGCAAAUUGUACUCGUACAACCCAAGACCCUUUUACACGUGAUACAAAAACUUAUUUUUUUAAGCUUUUUUAAAUACUACAUAACGCUAAUGUCACUAAUGUGUAAUCAACAAAAUGAACAAGUAACAAAUUAGAAACAAAGUACAAUGGGUGCUUUUGUAAGAUAGUCCAAGAAAAUGGAAUUUACAAAAUAGAUGAAAUUGAUUCAUUUACGCUUAAAUCACACAAUUUAUGUUGAACUUUAAUUGCGCACACGACAAAAACUACAAAAAAAAAACAUCAUUUCGACUCGUAAAUAUCAGCGUAAGUCAUCAGACGUAAUGUUAAUCAAAUAUUGUCAACGAUAUUAGUGUUGUUAAAGAAAAACGUACCUACCUGUCACGUAUUAAAAACCUAAGCGUAAUUCCAAGCAAAAAAAACUUUAAUCAGUUACCAAUUAAAGUAAUCGGGCAGUGGUAGUGUAUUUUCAUCACACACACAAGAUCCAACAUGAUGGAAAGCACUUACUGUCCGAUCGCUAGCUACACAAUGUACAUGAGAUAAUUAAUUAAUAAUAUUCUCCGCACACGGAGAGAAAUUAAGUGGAAAACAAAGAGAAACCAAUAGGAUACUAUAACAUACAAAGAAAGAUUACUAAACUAAGGAAUACAUGGAAUAGUGUACUCAAUUAUUUUAUAUACUUGCUUCGAAAAUAAACUUUAGCAUUUUACUAAUGAAACUAAUUAAUCGGUAAUAUAACAAAUACAUACAAGCAUGUAACGAAUACAAAAAUGUAAUAGCCAUUAUAUAAUUAACAACUUAGCGAGAAAAAUGAAAAGGAUUUGGGAAAAUUUGAAUCAAGGGUUGUAAAUUUAGACGUUGUUAAUGAAAUUAAUAAAUAUGUCUGUCUAAAGCAUUGUUGGUCUCGAUUGACAUCAAGAAGAAGAAUGCCGUAGAUGCGUAAUUAUUGUACAUGUGAAAUUUAUUACGUACAUAUAUAAUUCUAUAAUUGUAAUAUCUGGUUGUAGUAGUUAAAUAUGGAAUUAGCUAUUUAUAAAAAUAAUAAUGCCUAGUUAUUGACUUGUUUAGUUCUUAAACGAAUACGUUGUUUAUUCUUCAAAUUUCAAUGUUUUAAAUGUCAUCGCAGGCAAUAUUAAUAUUUAAACAAUGAGAAAAACACGUUCGUAGAAAAACAGGUUCAAAUAGCUCAAGACUUAAGCCAAAAUGUUGUGUUAAUAUUUUUGUAACUUACUUCAGACGCACUUAACAACUUCCAACUUCCAGAAUUCGUCAGAAUUGCGCAAUAUCAAUACGAUAUUCUAUAUUUAAUUACACAAAGCCAGGCAAAUAGCGACAACGGACUCGUUGCCUGCGGCUUUUCACAAGUUCGCCGAAAAGCGCGCAGCAAUGUACAUAUACAAUCAAUGUGAUGAAAUCAUUCGCAGCAAUGAUUUAAAUACCGCGAUAGGUUUUAGGUGGACCUGGCCUAUUCGUCUAAUAUGUCACUAUCUGUGUUAGUUUGUUAUAUCUGUUAUAUAAAAACAAAACAAAACAAAUAAUAUGUACUCGAUGCAUUCUAUAUCUUAUAUAUUUGUAACUAAUUGUAGUUUAUACGUAUUACUUUAUACAUAUAUUGAUUAUAUAGUGAUACGGAAUGAAAUGAGAAAGCAAAUUGAGAUGUUCCAUCCCGUUAUCAUAUUCGAUAUACUGAAUACUGGAACGUAAAUAUUGAUGAGCACUUCUGAGUCAGGUAAACUGUGUACUAACAUCUUUCUAUCUGUGUAUAAAUACGUAAAAUAUAAUUUUACAUAUUGUUGUACAAUUUUUAAGUUUAUAUUAAAAUGUUUGUGCAUUUA